CGUUCUAUGACGUAGCCCGGCCGUGACCCUACAAGAAAGUUGUGUCUGGCUGUUAGUCUCACAAAACUGUUCGGUAAAACUGUUUUUUUCACUUUAGCUGGGCGUCUAUCACUAUGGCUGUGUUGAUUUUAGGAGCUGGUCGUGUCUCAGGCCCUGUAUUUGAAUAUUUUCACAAGAAAGGCAUUCCGUUUUCUGUCGUUUCAGCUAUUCAAAAGGAGCUUAACGCUGUAAAGAGCAGAUAUGCAAGUGCACAGUGCUACAAUCUGAAUUUACCCAAGGAUGUUGCACAGCUGCCUUCCCUGAUUGCACAACACAAAGUAGUAUUAGAUAUUCUGCCAGCUGGCUUACUGCCUCUUGUCGCUCAUACCUGCCUUGAGGUCAGAUGCUCUAUGGUGUCUUGUAAUGAUGUGCCAGAAGAGAUUCAAGAGCUACAUCACAGGGUGGUAGAUGUUGGCAUCACAUUUCUGUGUGAAUGUGGUCUUGACCCUGGGAUCGACCACAUGCUGGCCAAGCAAGCAGUACAAGAUGUCAAGGACAGAGGGGGACAGGUAACCUCAUUUACCUCAUGGUGUGGUGGGCUACCUGCUCCUGAGUGCAGCAAUAAUGUUCUGAAGUAUAAAUUCAGCUGGUAUCCAAAGUUAGCACUUCAGAUAUGCCAUCAAAGUGCUGGAUACUUGGAAAAUGAAAAGGUCAUUCUUGUUUCAGGUGAAGAUGUAUUAUAUAAGGCUCAUCCUAUAGACUUGGAUGCAGUCCUCCCCGGUAUAAAGUUUGAAGGUUUUCCUAAUAAAUUUCUCUAUCAAUAUUUGUCUGCUUAUGGACUACAAUCUUGCAAGAAUUUUGCACGUGGAACUGUACGAUAUGAGGGAUUUAGCAAUGCCAUGCUUGCCUUGAUACAGACUGACUUGUUUAAUGACAUCGCAGUUCCUCAGCUUCAACCCGAUGCUCCAGACAUCACAUGGAGGGAAUUUCUCAGCUGGCUAGCAAGAGGGUCAUAUGAUGACAAAGAACUCGGAAAGUGUACUGCUUUCAAGAGUGGAUAACUCUCAGAGCAGGCUGGACACACUGAAAGAGUUGGGUCUUUUGUCAGACACAAAAGUUGACAAGAGAGGGACUCCAAUUGAUACUCUAUGUCAUUAUCUACUGCAAAAGUUGAAUUAUGGUGAGGUUACUGCAAAGAAUAAGGAAAACUACUUUGUUGUCCAAUGCUCCAGGUGAGCGAGAUAUGGUGAUCAUGGUUCAUGAGCUACAGAGUGAGUUUCCACAACAGUCUGAUUCUGCCCAGCAACAACAGGAAGUAACAACUGUGAGUCUCUUGGAAUAUGGAGACAUUGAUGGCCACUCUGCCAUGGCUAAAACUGUGGGGUAUCCUUCAGCUCUUGCUGUAGAAAUGAUUCUGAAUGGUGAGAUUCAUACAAAAGGGGUAAUAAUACCCACCAUGGAGGAUGUCUACAAGCCUGUUUUGUCCAGACUGCAGCAGCUAGGGAUCGUGGCAAAAGUAUCCACUUCCUUAAAGUAAAAGAAGUUAAAAUGAUUUGACAUUGCUUACAGCUUAGCCUGUAAUUUCUCAUUUGUAAGGCAAAAUGCAAUCAGACUUAAAAAUUCCCAUUAUUCAGUGCAUGGAUUUGGCUUUUCUUUAACUACUCAGAAAAAGGAUUUGUACUUAUUUGGAAAAUACAGCUUCUGAAAGCAUAAUUCAAAACCUUAAAAUGUAGAUACAUAGUCAAAUAAAAAUUGUAGCAUGUAUUAUAACCUUAUUACUGGCUUAAAACUGCUUAAAUGUGUUGUUAUAGUCUUUGAAUGCAAUCUUAUCAGGUCAGCUCAGUGCACCCACCCCACAUCUCCACUUGCACUUUUGUUUUUGCUAAGUUCUAUAUUUGCAUUUAAGUGAAUGUAUGGAUUGAUCAGAUGAUAGAUGUGUUGACUUUUUUCAAUUUACCUUGUACUUUUGAUUGCAUAAACUGAUUGGAUGAACAAAAGUGUUUGAGGGGUUUUUUUUGGUAAAUGCCAUAAGCCAUUGGGAGGAGGAGGUAGCUAUGUAUAUAAUUAUUGUUAUUGUAGAACAAUAAACUGGAAGCAUAAAGCCA